ACUCUCUCUCUACGAACACAGUGGUACUCUCAGUUCUAUACAACCUCCUCAGCUGCACUCACGCGCAGAAAAAAAGAUAACGCGAUCUAUAGAUCUUUUUUCUAAUAAAAAGACACCGCCAUCUGAAAGACAUCUUGGCCUAUAGUCGGGUUAAACUGACCCGUACUAACGAACGCGUUGCGUCCAGCCGAUGUUCGAAUCACGAUAUUUAUGGCUCCAUAAUUAAUUCAACAUGUCGUUAUAAUUAUGUAAAUACAAAUGGGUGAUAAUCAAUUUAAAUUAUGCGUUCGAGACUUAAUUUAAUGUAAACAAACAUUUAUCAUUUGUGACGUUUACGGUGCUAUGUUUUAAUGGUUAAAAGCUCUAACUGGGAAGUGGCUUUUUGUCGGUUGAGUGUAUGCGAUACUUUGUGCUUGCGGCGUGGUUGAUGUAAAUAUCAUUGGCUAUCAUACCAUUAUGGAACGCCACCAGAAUGGUAUGGAUGUGUGGGUAGGACAAGGUCGAGUAAACCAGCUGGGCGGGUUGUUCAUCAACGGGCGUCCCUUGCCUAACCACAUCAGGCUGAAGAUCGUGGAGAUGGCGGCUGCGGGGGUCAGGCCUUGCGUCAUCUCACGCCAACUGCGCGUCUCGCACGGAUGCGUCUCGAAGAUCCUCAAUAGGUAUCAGGAGACGGGAUCCAUCAGACCAGGCGUGAUAGGUGGUUCUAAGCCCAGAGUAGCAACGCCUGAAGUUGAAUCAAGAAUAGAGGAGCUUAAGCGCCAAAACCCUGGAAUAUUCUCGUGGGAAAUACGAGAAAAACUCAUUAAGGAGGGCGUAUCUGACCCACCCAGCAUCUCUUCGAUUUCAAGGCUACUGCGAGGAGGGGCAAGGGAAUCUGAUGGAAAGAAAGACUAUAGCAUUGACGGCAUACUUGGAGGUCGCUGCUCGGACUCCUCAGACAUAGAAUCAGAACCAGGUCUGACCCUCAAACGCAAGCAGCGCCGGUCUCGCACCACUUUCUCAGGCGAACAGUUGGAUGCGCUGGAGAGAGCAUUCCACAGGACCCAGUACCCUGACGUGUACACAAGAGAAGAACUGGCUUUGCAGACUGGCCUAACAGAAGCUAGGAUACAAGUGUGGUUCUCUAACAGGCGAGCUCGACUUAGAAAAAAUACAGGUUCGAACUCAGCUCCAUCACUUGCAAGCUACUCAACGUUACCAAUGCCGCAGAUACCUUGCCCGUAUCCUGCAGGGGAAAUAACCUCUCUCUCUCAACAUCAUCCCCAACAUCCGGAUGCGUGGCAUCAUCAGAAAUAUGCGAACUAUAACCAACUGAUGGCGCAAUCUCAACAUUUAAAUCAAGCUUUCCAAAACGCUGCGUUCCCAAGCACUUCAGGCGCAACCUUCAGUCACUUGGUUGCAGGCGCCAACGCUCCAUCUCACAGUCAGCUUUUAGACACCAAUGUUCCGAGAAAUGAUUACCCUCGAUACACUAAUAACGAUAUUUAUAAUAAACCUAUCAAUUAUAUGCCAAAAGGUACUGAAAAUGACGACAAAGUUGUUAGUGAUGAUGUCAUAGAGCAGAGAGAUGACGCCUUCGUGAAAGCUACGGGACCUGAAUAUAAAGAGUUACCAAAUAGUGAUUAUUCAAAAGUUCCCACUGACUAUACUAAACUACCCGUAGAUCCAACUCCACCUAAUUGGAGCCCCUCACACAAUUCUUUGAAUAUGAGCUUAGCUGGAUUAUCAAGUGAUUAUAAAUAUAUGAGUGAUCCAUAUACGUUUCCCAAUAUUGCUUCUGAUCCUCUUAACCAACAUACUUAUUCAAAUCCCGGUAAUACAGCUAACAAGUACUGGAUUUGACAAUUUGUAAAUAUUUUAUUUUUAUUUGUAGAUAGUAAUCUACCUGUAAAGUUAGGGCCUGUUUCACACGGAUAAACUUUAUCUAACAAGGGCGCUAUGGACUGGGAAUCUAUAAAAAUUUAUUUAUUCGUUAGAUAAAGUUUAUCUGGAGGUUGUGAAAGAAGCCCUAACUAAUGCCCGGCAUAAUAUGUUGCAAUAUGACUCACGCGGUAUAUUAUUGGUACUAUGUCUUAAACCUUUCCGCAAGUUGCAACAAUAAUUGUACAAAGUAUCAACUCAAUCGGAUAGAUGACGCAUAAAAGCAAACUGACAGACAGGCAUUAAUUUUUAACACAUAAUCAGUAUACUGCAUAAAAUUUAAAUAUUAUCAUGUAAUUUAAAAUUAUUAUUAAAACUUUUACGUGGCAUACAAGAUUGUCAAAAUCCAGUUCUUAGGCUUAGCAUUAUAUUAUUUUUAUUUUAAAAAUAUUGUAUAAAUUAAAAUACCUAAUAAUGAAUUGUAUGAUAACUGUACAAUAAGUAAUUAUUGUUAUUAGUCC